AUGCUAUUCAUCAAGUUGGGCCUGGUGCCUGUUUUGGCCGCCCUCCCUUCUGCUCUCGCCUGUCUAGGAUAUACAGGCGGCGUCCCUAGGGCAACCAACACCGUUUCUAGCAACAAGGUCAUUGAAGUCAGGGCUGGACAAGUUUUCGACGGCCAGUGGCAGCGCUUCGACCGGGGAACUGGUGCCUGCAACGAGCAGGCCGAGGGCAGCUCCAACGACGCCGUCUUCCUCCUCCGCCGGGGCGCCACCCUAAAGAACGUCAUCAUCGGCAGGCACCAAGCCGAGGGCGUCCACUGCGACGGCCCCUGCACGCUCGAGUUCGUCUGGUUCGAGGACGUCUGCGAGGACGCCGUCACCGUCAAGAACGACAGGGCCGGCGACCACACCUGGAUCAUCGGCGGCGGCGCCUACCACGCCGCGGACAAGAUCGUCCAGCACAACGGCUGCGGCACAGUCAACAUCAUCAACUUCUUCGCCUCCGACUACGGCAAGCUGUACCGCUCGUGCGGCAACUGCAGCUCGCAGUGCAGGCGCAACGUCUACAUCGAGGGCGUGACGGCGCAGAGGGGCGGCGAGUUGGCGGGGAUUAAUGCGAACUAUGGGGAUACCGCUACCAUCCGGAAUAGCUGCACUUCUGCCUCGCCUAGGUGUCAGUUCUAUCAGGGCUGUGCUGGGGGGUGUGAGCCCAGGAAGCUUGGCGCCUGUUCUGGCUGA